GGUGUUGUUUGUUCGGUGAUGCAGGUUUGGGAGAGGGUGCAUGUUCCGUGUGUUGUGUUGCGUGAGCUCUUCUUUCAACGCGUGCAGGGUGUCAAUCGGUGCGGCGCUGUUUUGGUGUGUCUUGUGGGCUUAAUGGUUUCAUUUCUCAAACCGCUCUGGGACGAAUUGGAGAAGCAGAGGACGGUCUUCCUUGGUGGCAUGCGGUGGUAAAAAAGUUGUAAAGCAUCAAUUAUUUUUAACAACAAUUUUUAACAAUUUUUGGUAUUUCAUGUCUCACUAUUUUAUGUGUCACUGUUUUCACGAAUUAUCACAUAAGCAAUAGUAAAAAAUUAUUAAAAAUACUUUUUCCUAAAAAAAAAGUGAAUUUUAAGAAUAAAACAAUUAUAAAAAAUGAAUUUUUAUAUAUUUUAAGAAAUAUAUAUAUAUAUAAGAAAAGAUGAAACAAAAUGAAUAUAACAAAUUUAUGUUACAAGAUGAAACCAUUUAUGUGGAAGACCGCGUCAUUACUCAAAACCAAGGACAGAAGCACUCCUGUUGCUAAGAAUAAAUAGAGGGAGGUCUUUAUUUAUUUAUUUUCCUAUGUAAUUAGUAGAUAAUAUCCAAUUAUAAUUUUAGUGAAUAAUCAUUAUGACAAUUUAAAUCUUAUAUUUUUUGAAGUUAGAAGUAAAUCUCAAUGAAUUUUCUUACAAUUAUAAAAUAUUAUUAUAAUUAAAUUUUAACCAUAAAAAAUUAUCAUAUUAAAAGAUGUGAUAUCAUCUUAAAAUUCAAGAUACGAAAGCAAAAAACCUUUUAUUCCUGAAACAGAUAUUUUUUCUAUUAUAAGAAAAGACAAAUCCAAACUAUUUACUGGCUUUCAAAUCAUAAAUAAAAGUAAAUAGCAUUUUCUGGGCGAAGCAAUUACAUUCGAAACGUACAAAUUAAUUAGCAAAAUAAAACUAACGUAUGGCAUGGUAUUGGUAUAAUGGUAUCUGUUCUAAUUUUGUGAGGGACGGAAUCUACAUAAGAAACAUGUUGUUUGGUUCUUCUGUACAUGGUUGUUGCCGGCUAUUGAAAAGUCUCCACGGAGAGACUUUUCGCACGGCAACAUCAGGUUAAAUUUGUGGUCACCAUCAUCAACAUCAACAUCUACGUCAAGUUUUUCUUCAUUUCUAUACCUUUCUCUUUCCCUUCCAAUCUCUCUCUCGCUUCCUCUGACCUAAGCCCUCAAUUCCUGAGACCAUUCUUAAUUUCCAAUCUAUUUCCUCGGUUCCACCACCGCUUCACUUCCACUGGGUUUAUAAGUACCCAGAUUCCUGGAGCAAAUGGAAAACGGGGAAGCCCCAAUCUUGGUGGAAGAGAGGAUAAUGCAGGAAAUUGAGAUACCCAUUGCAUCUGAAAGACUUGAUGUUCUUCCUAUGAAGGCAGAGUCAUCGUGUUGUUCUGGCUGUCCUUUUUCUGGACAUGAAAAUAGUGUUGUGACAUCAAAAGAGUCUUCAAAGUCGGCAAAGAAACUUUGUGGUCUUAUUGUUUUCUAUGGUAUUGUCAUGGUUGUGGAACUUAUUGGUGGAAUAAAAGCUCACAGCCUAGCUGUCAUCGGUGAUGCAGCUCACUUGCUUUCUGAUAUUACUGGAUUCUCUAUCUCUCUCUUUGCAGUGUGGGCUUCGGGUUGGGAGGCAACACCACAUCAAUCUUUCGGAUACAAUCGUCUCGAGGUUUUGGGGGCUCUUAUAUCUGUUCAGUUAAUUUGGUUGAUAUCUGGUUAUUUGAUAUAUGAAGCAGUUGGUAGAAUUCUUCUACAAGAGGCCAGUGUGAAUGGAAAGGUCAUGCUUGCUAUUGCAACAUUUGGAUUUGUUCUUAACUUUAUCAUGGUUGCAUGGAUUGGUCAUGAUCACGGUCAUCAUCAUCAUCAUCAUCAUGGUUGUGAAGACUCUGGUCAUGAUCAUAGUCAUCAUCACUGCCACACAGACCAUGAUCAUGGGAAUAAGGAGCUAUCUAUGAUAAGUGACGAGGAGAGCGUUACCCUGGUUUCAAGUAAUCACAGAAAUACAAAUGUCUUGAACCUAAAUCUUCAGGGGGCGUAUUUGCAUGUCAUGGCUGAUAUGAUUCAAUCUGUUGGAGUGAUGAUUGCUGGAGCCAUAAUAUGGGCUGAACCUAAGUGGUUUAUAGUUGAUCUUGUGUGCACUCUUAUAUUCUCUGUUUUAUCUUUAAGUGCUACCCUUCCCAUGCUUAGGAAUAUUUGUGGCAUUCUCAUGGAAAGGACCCCAAGUGAGAUAGAUAUCAGCAAGCUGGAAAAUGGCAUUAGAAAUAUCAAGGGAGUGCAGGAUGUUCAUGACUUGCACAUUUGGGCUAUAACUGUUGGAAAACUUGUUCUUUCUUGCCAUGUAGUGGCUGAACCUGGCAUAAGUUCCAUUGAUUUACUAGGCAUGAUUAAACACUACUGUGAAAAAACAUAUCAAAUACAGCAUGUAACCAUACAAAUUGAGUAAGGCAAAUAUUUUUCCUCUCC